AUGGGAGUGAGCAAGCGCACGCGUUGGGCGCGCAGUCGCGCCGCACCGGCGUCUGCCGCGAGCGCCUUCGCUAUUGCGGCAUCACAGGACGUGUCUGGGGCGUCCUUUGGCCUGGUAGGCGCCGCCGCGGAAGGGUCGGGCGACAGCAGCGAGUGUGGAAGCGGCGGUGCGGUGGGCGUCUCGUCGUCCGUUACGGGCGGCAGCGGCUCUGAGGGCGUCGGCUGCCCAAUGAGCCUGCA